CUCUUCCUCUCCGCUCCUAAUAUCCUUUACCCUUUUGUAAGCUAAACCAAGCUCUCCUCCGUGCUUGAUCGUGGCGGCGGUGCCUCGACUUGGUUGCUUUCCUCCACCCCGCAACCCGCUCGCCUCCACUCUACUCCGCCAGUAUACCCGUCAGAACCUCCAUUCCGCCGUCAUCUGUGCCGUGAGAAACUUACCUCAUAUCCGGCGUGUUCUCUGUGAGUGAUUGUGCCUCUUCUAGGGUUUUUGAAGGACAUUUUUUUUUUCUUCAGCGAAAUUCCGUUUGCAGACAAAACAAAGAGGGGAAAAUGAACAAGGAUAAGAUCUUCAAGUUAGCAAAGGGGUUCAGGGGUAGAGCCAAGAAUUGCAUAAGGAUUGCAAGGGAGAGAGUGGAGAAGGCCUUGCAAUAUUCUUACAGAGACCGUAGAAACAAAAAGAGAGACAUGCGAUCUCUUUGGAUCCAAAGGAUCAAUGCUGGUACCCGUGUACAUGGGGUCAAUUAUGGGAACUUUAUGCAUGGACUGAUGAAGGAAAACAUCCAACUUAACAGAAAGGUUCUAUCAGAGUUAUCUAUGCAUGAACCCUAUAGCUUCAAGUCUUUGGUUGAUGUAUCGCGAAAUGCAUUUCCAGGAAACAAGAAUGUUGUGAUUCCUCCUAGAAAGGUCGCUUUUUAGGGGUCAUGAUACUUCAGCAAACAUUUAGUGGUCGUUUAUGUUAGAAUCCUUAACAAAUUUUGAGGAUUUCGGGUUUCGUACGCUAUCCUUUCAAUUUUGUAUGUCUGUGAUUCUCGAAGUCGGUAUUGAGUACUUUUUAUCUGUAUGUUCUUCCUCCUUCCUUACCCCUUUUCAAUGUCAGAAAUGUUGGAAUAAUAAUAAGCCUUAAUCUCAAGCAUUUUACUUCCA